AUGCGAGUGAUGGGUAAUGAAAAAGCUAGGAAGGUGUACGAACACUCAUUACCUGAUCAUUUCCGCCGCUCAAUGGCAGACCAUCAAAUGGAACAAUUUAUUCGUGCAAAAUAUGAGCAAAAGAGGUACAUUUUGAAUGGUUUUGUUUAUCCUCGGGUAGAUGUUAAUGAUUUACCGAAACCGGGUCAACCCAGCACCAAAAAGAAAACUACAAGUUCUGGACUCACAUCGCCGAAUGCUGCACGGGUAUCUGUCGCUUCUGCUGAGCCGAAAUCGAGUUCGGCUGUUGUUAACGACCUUUUGGAUUUUUCUUCUCCUGCUAGCUCUAACACGCAGAUCAACGGCAAUAAUUCUUUAGUUGGAGAUUUCGCCUCAUUGUCGCUUGCACCUCAACAGGAGGCGUCUGCAAAUCAAAGUUUGGAAGUCGACGAUAUGUUUGGAUCGUUUGCUUCUGCACCGACUAUCGACACAGUCAUGGCUACAGGAGCGUCUCAACAGGCGUCACCUGUGGAUAAGGCGGCGCAGUCCGCGGUAUCUUCAAGGAUCUGCUGA